AGACUGACGUCUCAAGUGAGUGAAGGAUUUUAGUUAGCAAAACAGCAUUCUAGCAGAAAAGCGAGAAUAGUAACAAAAUGCCAUCGAUACCGUUGAUCCUGAUCGCCAGCCUGUUAACAAUCACGAUCGCAACCAAUCAACAUCAAUCCACCAAUGCCCUCUAUCGCUGUGGAAUACGGAAACGUUUCGGAGCACAGUUGAUUCACCACGGCCAAACGGCCGGCCUCGGGCAAUGGCCGUGGCAUGCGGCAAUCUAUCAUCGAAUCGAUAGCAGAACCUCACCAAACGGGACGUACAAAUGUGGAGCCACUCUCAUCGAUCAACAACAUGUCCUGACUGCGGCGCACUGUGUUAUCGCCCAAACUGGCCAAUCACUCAAACCGCACCAGUUGCUGAUUCAUCUCGGAAAGCACGACCUGUACAAGUUUGACGGACAAUUGCAGAUUGUUAACGUGAGCGAAGUGCACAUCCACGAGGAGUUCAGUCCCAAUCGUAAUGAUGUAGCACUGCUAGUGCUGGGUGAAGUGGUUCGUUACUCGGAAUAUGUUGCGCCGAUAUGCUUGGAACAGGUCCCGGGAGGUAGGGCGGAUGACCUUGUUGGACAACGAGGAUGGGUCGCUGGUUGGGGGAUCAACGAGAACGGGACUUUGUCCGAAGUGCUGAAGACCACCCAGAUGCCCGUGGUGGAUAUUACCGAAUGUGCGAGGAGUGAUCCCAAUCUGUUCGGGAGAUUUGUGUCGCAGGCGGUGUUUUGUGCCAGUGAUCGAAAUGGAACAAGCGUAUGUCUAGGAGAUUCAGGUGGAGGCAUGUACUUCAGCACAGGAGACCGCUGGGAACUCCGAGGGAUAGUUUCGUUUGGAUCCGAAUCGGAAACUGGAAGCUGUGAUACCGGCAAAUACAUAAUGUUCACGAAUGUUGCACACUACUACCCUUGGAUAAGGAACUUGACGGACGGCAGAGUAGGACAUAUCAACAUCGUGUCGAAGAGGAUCAGCGAAAGAAAAUGUGAAGAGUACGCUCUGAAGGCUCGAAAGCGAUCCAAUGGAGUUUGCAACAACGUAAGGUCCCCUCACACGGUUAGUGUUAUUAAUGAAGGAUUUAACACUAAAUGCAGUGGGACGAUCAUCAGCGAACUAUUUGUAUUAUCAUCAGCUACCUGUGCAAAACAUUACUUUAAAACGUGGAAGAUCCGCGUCGGUAGUCAGGAAGACAUAGACAUCGCUGAAGCGAUCGUCCAUCCAAAUUACAACUCAAAACGACGCCUUAACAAUCUCAUGCUGUUCAAACUGUCGCAACCUUUGUCACUUGGAAGUAGGUUACUUCCCGCGUGUUUGGCGAAUCCUGCAACGGAGAAUCUCUACGAUUCGUUGAUGGUUACCGGCUACACCGGAAAAUAUCGUAGAUUCUACGAGAACGUCAAUAUCAAGGCCGUUUCGACGGCCGAAUGCAUCGCUAGGCAGACGACCCAAAACGACACGCGGAUCGUUUCACCGGUCGAGGUAUGCGUCGUGGCCCGUCACGAAGAGGAGUUCGACGGUGAGGAUUAUCUAGUGACCGGAAUCACCGGAGCAUCGCUGCAGACCUUCAACAGCCGAAGUUGUUUGUUCACGACCCUCGGGGUCUCCAAUGCCGAUGGGCUGGAGUUGGAAGUCUACACCCGGGUGGCGUCCCAUUUGGAGUGGAUAGAGGCGUUUGUGUGGGGCGACGAGUAUCUGGAGGAUGAACAAACGGCCACGGAUGGCGCCCUGGAGGAUGUUGAAAUGGGUACCGAAACAGUACAAGAAGCAACAACGACCACGUCACCUAGGGCUGCCAAUUUGUACAACAAAUAUUCGCAUGAUUUUUAUUUUCCCGAUGGUUUGAAAAAUGUAUAACAUAGUGUUACAAUACAUGAUAAAGGGUGGCAAAAUUUUUUGAGAUAGGCAACUUAUUUAUCUCUCUCUAAAAAGUUGUAACUUUUCAUAGAAUGCAUCGAAAAUUCUCAAAUUUUGACUGUUUUCCAACCUACUAUAUGUGCAUCAUUGGUACAAAUUUGUGCUCGAUUGAUUAAUCUUUCGCGAAACUAGAACCGUUCUCGUAACACACUGGUUUUUGGACAACUAGUUUUUGAACUUUCAUAUCUCCGAAACCAGUGAAUUAAAUUUGAUGAAACUUUGAGCAUUUAUUAAUAUUUUUUUCGAGAAAGAUCCAAAAAGUGUCAAUUCAUCAUAACUUUUUUAACGUUCAAAAAGAGCCGAUUUUUAAAAGACCUUUGAUGCAUUAAUACAGUAUGGACCCGAUUUUGUCAGCCCCUUUUUGCGUCAAACUUUUUGCUCUCAUUAUCGUAUGAUCAAACUUUAACCAAUUCAUUUACGUUCAUCAUCAAACUACUGUUGAGAGGCAGAUCAUACAGGGAUAAAAAGCUUGAAAAGCUGUUUAGAUUUUUAAGGAAAGCCAAAAUUGUGUUGCGGAAAGGGGCUGACAAAAUCGGGUCAUCUAUCUAUAUAAAGACUGCCCCAGAAAGUAUGGACGCACCUAGUCUUCAAUUGUCUGGGCCUAAUCGAUGGUUCUUGUUUAGGGCUUCAUUUUGACUGUUUCUGCUUACAAUAUGAUCGAAAAUUCAAACGUUCUUUGCCACGAUAAACAUUGGAAUUUGAAAUGUUAACUUUUUUGGUCAUACCCCACUCUGUGUUAGUUAGAAGGUUUUUUCUUGUGCUCAAACACCUUCAUUAUUUGUUUAUCCAAACGAGGGUUAGCAGGAUCUUUAUUUUUUUCCCAAUUUUUGCCUAUGCUUAAACGUGUUAUCCCCACCGUGGUUGCUGAUUGCUGCUUGCACGAUUUUGUCACUUACUCCCACCAUAUUUUGAUCAUUUCCUAAGUGACCUUUCAAACUCUGUACUACGUUUGUGCACAUUUUUUCAAUGAUGUUCCGCUGAUAGUUCAUGUAUUUUGAAACACACUGUUGGAAUCGCAAAAACCGCUAUACAAGUGCUGAGAAAACAGGUUGACCAACAGUAUGUAACUUUCAAAAAGAACUAGUUAUCAAUAGUUUUGAAAUGGCAGUAAUUUCUAACUGCGUCCAUACUUUCUGGACCGGUCUUUAUAUAAAAAUGAGUUUGAAGUUCCUUUGAGGCAACAAAACUCACGAACGGAUGAACCGAUCAGCAUGACUCUUGCACGGUUCGGUUCGUAUUCCUGGUGGCUGUGUUUAUAUGUACAAAAAGUUACGAAAAUCAACUAGAAAAGUAACAAAAUUGAUAAAGUACUGAUUUCUCAUGAUCUGGGAAGGAAAUCAACACGAUCGAAAUGAAACCAAUCUAGAGUGCGGUGAUAUUUUGAGCUCAACAGUUGUCAAAACACCACAACCGGGCAAGACAAAGUUUGCCGGGCCAGCUAGUUGUAUAUAGAUGACAAACGUUCAAAGUUUCAUUCGACUCGGUGCACUGGUCCCGAAGAUAUGACAGCUCAAAAUUAGACCAUUAAAACAAUAGUGUUUUAAGAUAACGGUUCUAGCUUCGCGAGAGAUUAACCAACCAAGCACAAAUUUGUAUCAAUGAUAUACUGCCCAUGAUCGCAUAGUCGACGUAACCACCAUUGACAAUGUCAGCAUUUACAAGCUAAUAUCUAUCAAUUAUGCAUAAAUGUGACCAGUUUUAUUCAGUAGAGUACAAGAUCUAAUCACUAGCUACAGUAUGCGGCAGGAAAAAAUGCGAAAGUGUUUUUCAACUUCAAACCUCAUUUUCGUCCAUUUGACAUUAACCAAUCUAUGUUUCAACGUUCCAUGAUCUAUAAUAGGCUAGUUUCUGAAAAGUUAAUUAAAAAAUUUCCCAUUUUGGUCACUAACCUUUACAGGGCGGCGCCUGAAGAUGAAGACAACCAGAAUUUUCAAACCGCAGAAAAUCGCACAGGUCGCUAAAUUUCGCAUCUGAUAAAACAAUUUUUUUGAUUUUCUCUACAAUAUCAUCAAAUAUAUGUACUUAUUUCAUCUGCUAUGUGAAACUACAUGGCUCUGGAUCAAUGUGGUCUGGUUGUUCAUCGAAUUUGAGCUAAUUUUGUUACUGUUAUAGUCAUUUUGUUUAAUGACCAUUGGGCGCGCAGUUUAUUGAUAUCCGCUAAUUAGGCCUACAUUAUCACAUGUUAAACAUCAAAUGUGUUCAUUUUUAUUUUUCAGUGCUAGAAUAUAGACAUUGACUGAUACACUGUCAUGAAAAAAUAGUCAUAUAUAUCCCAUAUUUAGCGUGUAAUAGUGCCUUGAACUUUUCGCAUUUUUUCCUGCCGCACCCUGUAGAUGUCAAAGUGAAAAAAAUCUUAAACUUUCCAUUAUUUAUUGUUAAAAUUUUGAAAGUGUGUUGAAAACUACAGUGGCGCUUACGUCACUUAUGCGAUUAUGGGCAGUAUAAUAGGUUGACAAACAGUCAAAAUUGGAUAAUUUUUUAUGUAUUCUUUGAAAAGUUACAGCUAGUUGAACUUUUUUUGUGAGAGAUAAAAAAUGUUGCCUAUCCCAAAUAUUUUGACCACUCCUUGUGAAUAACUCCAAGAAUUUUUCCAGAAUAGUUUCGUGAGUUCUUUUUCUCGAUUUUUCUGUGGGUUCUUCACAAGAAUCUUUAAGAUUCACUCUAUAUUCGUCCAACAUUCCCUCUUAACCCAUAUCCGCCCAGCGUCCUAUUCAUGGGACAGUCCUUUUGACGUGAAUAUCUGCAGAAUUAGGCAAAAUUUUAAAAUACUGUCUUCUGUUCACCGCAUCCAUACCUUGUUCAUAGUAGACAAUAUAAUUUGAGACUGGUUUACUAGGUGGCUUGAACGAUGCUGCAACGAUUGCAUAUUGUCACGAUCUAUGUAUGAAUUCUAUUUCCAAUCCGAAAAAAAUCCCUAAAAUCUUGAAAAUGGUUAAUAAUCUCAAGAGAAAAAUUUUGUGUCUCCGACUGAUUCUGGGCCGCUGAAUCCGAAUCCGAGCUCAGAUUUGCUCCAGCAUGUCAUAAUUUUAGGCUAUACCUUUAUUUAUAGGGUAAAAUAUACGAUUUUGGGCUUUUCUUGACUGCAAGCCAUUAAGCAUGGAAAUAUUUGUUUUAAGCAAUCAAAAGAUUAAUUGGUCAAUUAUUUAACAUCAUAUAGUUAUCCAGAGUGGAUAACUGACA